UAGACGCAAAACGGAAAUAACAAGUUUAAUGAAAAAUUAUUUAUCGUAACUUCCAGUAGCGCUUCUUCGUUUUUUCGUGGCACUCAGUUAUUCUGCACCUGCUUUGCUAACAGCGAUUCCAUCAAUUUCAUCAGGAGACAAAAUGCCACAAUUUAGCUGGUAGACUUUUACUUUUCGCCUCAUACUUUUUGCUCUUAGAUAAUUUCUUAUAUUAGUUUUUAUCAUCAUAUGCUCUGAAAUCGUCUGAGCUACAACGCAAUGUUCUCUUCGUCGACAAUUCUAAGGCGGACGAAUAAGCUUGAUGACGAAGAUGAUACAAUCAAUUCAACUCCUCUCCUUUACUCCUCUCACCAAAUUAGACAUCUUCUAGUUAUGACUGAUUAUGAUGAGCUACAUACCGAGAACCUUUACCUUACAAACAAAAGACCCUAGAGCUUCUUUGACCGCGUGUGAAAUCUUUAUUACCAGUUUUUUUUAGUCCUUGCCAAGCUACUUUACCCAUUAACUCUUUUCGUUCUCUGACGAUGUAAUUUUUCAUUCAUUGCAUCCAAUAAAAGAAGGGUAAAUAUACAGUUUGCCCUCAUUGGCCCCUUGGUAACUUUCGAGCCUAUUUUCUAUACCAGUCAAGCGCUCACCACUCAAUUUGAACACCCGUAAAAUUCAAAUUUGGGACUAUAAAUCCAAAAAAUACACAAUCUAUAAAAAUACAGGCGUCUUAUAUAAACUCUGGUUCUUUAAAAAAUAAAAAAUGGUUUGAACAAUUUGUUAGCAUUGUUUUUUAUUAUUCACAAUUGCUGCUAAAAAGAAGAAACAUCAAAACAAGGCAUUGAAAAUUAGAAAAAAAAGUUGUUUAGAAAUUUAAUAGCCAUUUAGAAAACUAGUUAUUCAAUUACUGCUUGCGUUUCGUUCUUUUACUUCCCAGUUUUCAAAUUUGCUAUUCAAUUUAGAUCAUAUUGCUAAUUGUAUUUUACCCCUCAACGCUAUUUAUUGGGAGGACUUUUUUCCUGUUGGUUCGAGCAAUUUUCUCAUAACUUCCGAUUUGUCAAACAAUUUCGUUUUCCUUUUUAUUUCAUUGCUGAUUUUUCUUGAUUAUUUAUACACUUUGAAGUCAUCAAAGCUUAUUUAGUUCGCCUGCUUGUUUUCUAUAACUUUCCCUUUUUGUUGACCAUACAAAUGGAUGGCAAUGAUUUUGUCACCCAGAGCAGCAGCGGCGGCGGCAUACCCAACGGCACCCUGUCCGCUCUGCUCCCCUCCCCGAAUGACAGCUCUUCUGCCGUUCAGGGGGGUUCGGCUCCUGAAGUGGACGGGGUAGUGUCUGUGUUUGAAGUGAUAGAGAGUGUUGUGAAUGUGUCUGUGGGUAUUGUGGGUCUGAUUGGAGCAGUGGUGGUGGUAUUGGUCUACACUUGGAGACACAAUCCCACCCCCAGUGAACUCAUCAUCACGGCUUUGAGUGUGGUGGACCUACUUUACAACGUGUUCAACAACAUCAGCAACCUCCUGUUGGAUAAGCUGACAGGACAGAGAGAACAGCUGUUCCUGAUCGCAUUCAGCUCCUGCACUUUUUCAUUCACUCUCGUCUCCUCCUUCCUCUUGAUCUCCACCAUCAGCAUCAACAGGUGGUUCGCCAUCUGCAGACCACUCACCUACAUGACCUCAUUCAGCAAGUCCAAGGUUCGGAACGUGCUGCUGGGGAUCUUCGGAGUGUCGGUGGUGCAGGGGGCAGUCUGCUUCGGCUACUACUUCACCUCCCUUAAACUCCUCCAGGACAUCAUAGAUGUGCAGAACUACAUGGUCUACAAUAUACUGGUGAUCACUGCUCUGGCCAUCAUGUUCUACUCCUACUUCCACAUCAUCAAGACGUUCCAGUUGCAGAACGAACGACUCAGACGUCGACCGAUGCCAACGUCAAUGCAGACCAUGCACAAAGAAAACCAUUCGGAGCACGACCGAGAGGAAAUGAAGCCAUGUACUUCUGCUCAGGCGAACGAAGUCGGAGGGGGCGGAGAGCCAAACGAGACUGACAACGGAUCAGUUCCUCCGCCGGCACUUGCAAUUGAGGAAGAAAACAGUCAACCACCAAGACGAGUCUCACUCGGGGUCCAAGCUGCUGUUGACCGAAAAGAGUCGCAGCCAGUUUCCAGCAACAGCAGCCGAAGUGCGUCGCGAGACCCGAAGAAUAAAGUAACCUUCACCCUUUUUGUAAUUUCCACCUGUUUUCUUAUCUGUGUCUGUCCAUUUCUGAUAUUCGAGAAUCUCGUCUUUUUUCUCAAAUGGGACCAGAGCAAACGGGAAGUUCAAGUUGGCAGAAAACUGACCCGAAUUCUUUUCCUUCUCAACUUCGUGAGCAAUCCGAUCAUCUACUUUGCGACUAGCCAGAUUUUCCGAGAGAGAUUGGGAGCGCUGUUGCGAUUCGUGAUUCCAGAGAGAGUUCAGAAACUGUUUGAGAAGAGACCGAGUCCAGCAGAUCGUCAGUCGGUAACUCGCGCUACUACUCAAACCGGCCGUCCGAGUAUCUUCUCUUCUCGCGUUUAAUGAGGACAAAACUUUGCGUUUAGUACCGCUUUAUGCAAAAGUUCCAUAUUACACUUUUUAGGAGUCGUAUUUAACAGAAAAACAACAACAGAAAAAAAAAUUUGGCAAAAUCUUGAAAGUAGAGAAAAAGGAUCUGAUUCAAACUGAUGGUUUUUAUAGCAAAAAUCAUGCUCUGUUUUAAGUUUGUGGCUUUCAAGCGCCAGGCAGAUCCUGAUAUAGCCAAACGCUGUUUUUUAAGCCCUUCGUAUCUUUCAUUCUACGUGUAACUCUAUUCUAUUGCAGCUCAAAGAAUUUUAAUUUCAAUGUAUGUAUUAAACAGCCGUGUAAUAAUCCAGAUUU